CAGGAGAGGGCUUGAUAUAAAGGCUGACUGGGACAAGCUGACUCUCAGACCGGUGGAGCUCAGCUCAUCUUAAAGCACAAUUCCUCAAGCAACUGACCAAGGCUGACACAGCACGACUGAUCAGAAUGAGCAUGCGCAGGGCAGUGGCUGGUUGCGUGGUGUUGGCGUGCCUGGUGGCGCUGCUGGCUGAGAGGACAGAGGGACACAUCACCUUCUUCAGCCCAAAGGAGUUGUUGCUGUUGAAGCAGGAGCAAGAGGGUAGGAAGGACAUGACUCGAUCAGAGGACGGUCAGUUUGAGGAAGUGACUGUCCAACAGUUUCCUAAGCUUGAACGUGGUGGAAAUCCUGAUAAAACAGUGGAGAUUGCCGUCCGUCUUUCACCCAAACAGCUGGAUCAUGUGGCUCCGGUGCUCGAGGAGAUCAUCCAUGAAAUAGUGGAGGAGCACCAGAAAGGUAGAAGUAUUUGAUUGAUGCAAGAUUAAGUGAAACAUUUGUUAAAGACGUGCACUAUGGCCUUGUAUAUUAUUUUAUUAUCAGAAGAUGAUUGAUAGACACAGAGUAGUAAGUGCCUCUUUGAUAACCAUAAUGUUCUUUUGCUAUCUUUAUCUCUGCAGCCAAAUAGCGUAGCCGAAGGCACGAGUGGAUGAACGCUGUAUAAAUUCUUCAAAAAGCACUGAAUGCCCAAAUGUUUUAUUGUGUUUUAAUGAAUCAGUCAAUAAAGGGAAGUGAUUGUAUCACUUAUUGGAGUCUCUUUUGUAAUGUAUACCUCUAAAAAAAAAUGUCAGCCCAAGCUGGCCACACGGU